AUGGCGGCAAGCUACCUGCGGCCGCAAUUGAUGCGCUCGUCAAAAGCUGCUUUUGAGUGCGCAUUCUGUGCCCAUCGCCGCUCCGCCCAAUUCGCCAGACUACGAUACACUCGGUCAUUACGUCCGCCUCUGUCGAGAUUGUAUGCAACGGUGACCCCUGGUGAUCCAAAGCCGCCUUCGGAAGAUCCUGAAAAGCCGAAGAGGAAGCCUGAGAAUGCUGAGAAGGCCGAGAAAUCUGCAGACGGAGCUGGGAAACAGGACCAAAAUGCAGAACCAGAGUCAAAGAAGGCCGGCACCCAAGAGUUUUCUCCCCUCACACCAGAAGAGAUUAGACAGAUCGACGAUGUCGCCCAAAUGAUUAAGACGGGUCUCCCCAAGGCGCAAGCCGACGCCGUUGAUGAAGCUGCCGAGCUUAUGAAAAAAGGUGGAAUCCCCAAAGAACUCCGAGAAGUUCUUGAAGCGCGGCGGAAGGAUCCAAGCAAGCGAAUCGACCUUGGCACCACGGUGCGUCUUGUGGGACUCUUCACCAAGAUGUCGCGCAUGACCCCAGAGGAGGUUCGACAACAAUACGGCAAGGGCGCCACACCGGAUGAAACUCCACUGUUCGAUCAGUCAAACAAGAGCGAGGAACAUCAUAAACAACGCAAAGAAAAGCAGAAGCAGCAGCAGCAGCGGCAGCAGCAGGGUGGACCCAAAGUCUACGAGUUCAAGCUCGACGCCAGCACAAUGAUCAUGACCGCCUUCAUUACCUACUACUUGUACCGAAGCCUGUACCCUGGGGAGACAAGUCGAGAAAUUACGUGGCAGGAAUUCAGGACUACCUUCUUUGACAAAGGCCUGGUCAGCAGACUCACCGUCAUCAAUCGAAACCGAGUCAAAGUCGAACUACACCGUUCCGCUGUCGCACAGAGAUAUCCAGAGUCGCCUGCGGCUCAACCCAACUUCUAUUACUACUUUUCAAUUGGCUCGGUGGAAGCUUUUGAGAGACAUUUGGACGAGGCACAACAAGAAUUGGGUAUCCCCGCGAACGAAAGAAUACCUGUGGCUUACUCUGAUGAAGUUCCGCUGAGCGCCGCCAUCUUCUCUUUUGGCCCAACCCUUCUCUUUGUGGGUGCUCUGUUCUGGUUGUCGAGGAGAGCGGCAUCGGGUGCUGGUGGUCAGAGUGGGAUCUUCGGCAUCGGCAAGUCAAGAGCUAAAAGAUUCAACCACGAGACCGACAUCAAAAUCAAAUUCGCCGAUGUUGCUGGUAUGGACGAAGCAAAGCUGGAGAUCAUGGAGUUCGUCUCUUUCUUGAAAGAUCCUUCGAAAUACCAAAGACUGGGCGCCAAGAUUCCUCGAGGAGCCAUUUUGUCCGGUCCUCCGGGUACUGGCAAGACGUUGUUGGCCAAGGCGACUGCCGGUGAAUCCGGUGUUCCAUUCUUCUCUGUCUCCGGUUCCGAAUUCGUAGAAAUGUUCGUUGGUGUCGGCCCAUCUCGAGUGCGGGACCUGUUCGCAAAUGCCCGAAAGAAUGCUCCGUGCAUCAUCUUCAUUGACGAAAUCGACGCCAUCGGCAAAUCUAGGGCGAAACAAAACUUUGGUGGCGGCAAUGAUGAGCGCGAAUCGACCCUCAACCAGAUCUUGACCGAGAUGGAUGGUUUCAAUACCUCCGAACAAGUUGUCGUCCUUGCCGGUACCAACAGACCCGAUGUUCUCGACAAAGCUUUGAUGCGACCGGGUCGAUUUGAUAGACACAUUGUUAUUGAUAGACCAACCAUGGAGGGCCGCAAGCAAAUAUUCAAAGUCCAUCUCCGCAAGAUCGUCACUCACGUCGACAUGGAAUACCUCACCGGCCGUCUGGCGGCUUUGACGCCGGGAUUUUCAGGUGCAGACAUUGCCAACUGUGUAAACGAGGCCGCCCUCAUCGCCGCUCGCUCGAACGCAGCGUCCGUUGAAAUGCUUCACUUUGAACAAGCAAUCGAGCGUGUCGUUGGCGGCCUUGAGAAGAAGUCAUUAGUCUUGACGCCGGAGGAGAAGAAAACCGUCGCGUACCACGAGGCUGGUCAUGCUAUCUGCGGUUGGUUCUUCAAGUACGCCGACCCCCUUCUCAAAGUGUCUAUCAUCCCUAGAGGUCAAGGUGCCUUGGGCUACGCCCAAUACCUCCCCGCUGGUGGUGGUGAUGUGUACCUGCUGAACGUCAAGCAACUGAUGGACCGCAUGGCCAUGACAUUGGGCGGACGCGUCAGCGAGGAAAUCUGGUUCGAUACUGUGACGAGUGGGGCAUCUGAUGAUUUCAACAAGGUCACACGGAUGGCUACGGCUAUGGUCACCGAAUGGGGCAUGUCCCCCAAGAUCGGAUACUUGCACUACCGCGACGAUGAGCAGAGACUACACAAGCCUUUCUCGGAAGAAACAGCGCGACACAUCGACGAGGAAGUCCGACGCAUUGUGGAUGAAGCGCAUAAGCAGUGCAAAGAUCUCCUAUUGGAGAAAAAGGAUCAAAUGCAGGCUGUGGCGGAGGAGCUUUUAAAGAAAGAAAUGCUUGUCAGAGAUGAUUUGGUGAGAAUACUGGGGCCGAGACCAUUUGAGGACCCGGGCGACUUUUCGAAGUACUUUAGCGGUGAACAGGGACAGAAGAGCGCACCGUAA